UACUUUAUUUUAUAGUAAACAAAUUGAAAUGAAUUUAUUCAAUACAUCUAUUUGUAUAUUUUUUCUAUCAACUUGUAUCUAUUCGAAUGGUAUUUAUUCACAUGCAUCUCAAUUACCAUAUUAUAAUCGUUUAGGAUGUUUAUCAUUAAUAAAUUGGUUAACACGAUCAAAAUAUCAACGUUAUAAUAAAAAUCGAUCAAUACGAUCAAUAUCAAUACGGAAUGAUAUUCGUAUAAAUCUUUUUACACAGAUUAUGUCCGAAAAUCAUUUUGGUUUUAAUUGUGGACAAAUAUUUCCCGUUAUUAAAUAUAAAUAUGUUGAAAUAUUUUUAAUGAAUUUUCAAUUAGUUAUUUUAUUCUAUAAAAAAAUCAUUAUGAAAUAAUUUAAUUUAC